AUGCCUCUUCUGGACAACGAUGUGGACAAAAUACGCUAUAUGAUAUUAGCGUAUGUGAAUCGUAUCCAGGCUGCGUUCCAUCUUCCCAGUUUAGGUGUCGCUAUUGAUAUUUCACUGGUACACUUGGAAAUUAUGCAAAAACAGCCGUCACAAUUGCCAGUUGUCAACAGAGACGCACAGAACAUUCUGGCUUCGUUCUGCAAAUACUCAAAAACUCACAAUCCUUCGUACGAUCGGGAUCCGCAUCACUGGGAUGUUGCUCUUUACUUAACAGGAUUAAAUCUUUAUAGACUAGAGACCAUGAAAAUUGUUAGCAAUUAUUCAAAGAGUAAUGAAAAAAUUAUCAAGAAUUAUCAGCCUUUAGGAGUAAGCAAACCGUAUGCCAUAUGCAAAACUUUUUCAUGCGCGAUUGCAGAAUUCCGUGAUACUAAAAUCACUUCUUCGGGUUUAAGAUCAUCUCUUGUAGCUGUUCAUGAGAUUAGCCAUGUUUUAGGAUUGCAACACGAUAAUUCUUUUGUUUCAAAAUCGAAAGACAGAAACAAAUUUUAUAUAAUGACAACUAACGUGUCCAAGUCUCAAUCUCAGGUGAUAUGGUCCGAGCACAGUUAUAAAACGGUCAUGAGUAUAUUUUUACUAAGAUUUAAGGAAUCAUUUUCGUGUCUUCGAGAUCAUGUUAGCCCCACAAAUUCGGCAUAUGUAUUCAAUAAUUUGCAUUAUCACAAUUUACCCGGAAGAGAAUGGACGGCCAAAGCGCAAUGCGAACUAUUUUUGCGCGACAAAAAUGCAAACGUUGUCACGUUAUAUGAUAUAUGUCAAACCUUACAAUGUGAAAUCCGUCACAAGAAUACGUAUUAUUUCACGGGACCCGCGCUGGCUGGAACUCAUUGCGCACUCGGCAUGGAAUGUUGCGGCGAAAAAUGCAUCCCCGUUAUCGAGCCGCCAUACAUUUUCAAGUAUUGUGAAGAUGACAACUGGAGUGAAUGGAAAGAAGACUCCUGUAAGAACUCCUAUUGCUUGGAAGGAUCCAAAGGCGUACGAAACAAACGACGUUUUUGCAAACAUCAGAAUGACAUAACAGCGAACUGCAUUGGACCAUAUUACGACGUGGUUUUGUGCGAUGAUUCUUCACUUUGCAGCCAAAAACGCAAGACAAUCGCCGAGUUCACUACUAUGAAAUGCACCGAAUUCAGCCGUAUCAUGUCUGAACUGGAAUUGAAGCCGGGAUGGCAGGCUCCUCAUAAAAUGGAUAAACCGUGGAUAGCUUGCACUAUACACUGUGUACGAAAGAAAUUUUCUACUUUUUACGCGCCACGCUGGGAAAUGCUCAACUUUGGUAACAACCCGUAUUUUCCGGAUGGAACGUUGUGUCACAAAACACGCGACCAAAAUUAUUAUUGCCGCUUUCAUCAUUGUCUGCCUGAAAACUACUCAUUGAAAGAAAAUUGGGGGAGACAUUAUCUACAUGUGUGAAUGAGUAUCCAGAG